UCGCAUGAGCUGACGCAAAUGACCCUGCUCUCUUUCAAGAACUCUUUCAAAAGGAACAUGGCGGCAACUUAACGUUUGGCCAAAAUGACUGUGGAUCGUUUCGCGAGAAAAGAUCCCACCUUGUCGGACCGAGGAGGCGAGAUUCGGCGUUUCGAAACGAGGAGCCCUUGCGCUUUUCACCAGAGCGAGCGGCCAGACACUGGCUUUUCCGCGUUGUAGCGGCUCUGCGCAAAAGGGGAGAGCGGAACCCAUGACAGACGAGCAGGGAGAGACAUGUUGCUACAGAUAGCUGGGUUUUUCUCCGGAGAAGCACGGGGAGACGGGACUCGACAAUGAAAGCAGUAAUCCCCCUGAACACAGCAACUGAUCGUUAAUCGCGGAGGUGAGCCACGACCGCUCGUCAGCCAUCGUUUAGUGGGCAAAACUCAAGGCAGACCUCCCGUCAAUGACUAUUGUGGCAGAAAAGCCCCCACGGUGGAGUCAGCCAGAGCUGCGCUUUCCCAAAAUAUGACCAGCGGUGCUUGGAAGUGUCGGCAGCGAGAUGACGGCUUAAAAAUUUGGUGUGCUCCCCGCGAGAACGAGAAGCCAUUCACCGACUCCGAGAGGGCCCAGCGAUGGCGAUUGUCCUUAGCGUCCCUCUUAUUUCUAACCGUUCUGCUUUCUGAUCAUCUGUGGUUCUGCGCCGAGGCCAAACUGACAAGGACCCGAGACAAGUUAGCUUCAGUGGACAUGAGCGCAAACCACAGACCCGACCUCCCUUCAACACACAGCAGCCUCAGAAGAAAUGAAGAUGCUAUUUUUGUAGUCAAUUCUACCAAACCUUUGUGGCAACUAGAAACUUGCCACCCGGAUGGUUUGUCUGAAAACUGCUUCACUUUUGUCGACGCUGACCACUUGUGCAGGGGCCUUUCGCAAACGGAGGGGACGCGGUGGAUGAACAUAAGCGAUUUGUACCUUUCCUUUUGUAAUUCGUACUCUCUUAUGGAUUUGCUUUACGGAUCGUUAAGUCCGGACAAUUUGAACUGCAGCCUUGACGUGAUCGUGGACGGCGACCUAAACAGGUGCAGUCUGUGCGUUCAGGCGUACCAGCGUUAUGACCUGCACGCGCAGGAGAAAUAUGAGGAAUUUGAGAUGAUGGCAGACAAAUACGAGACGGAUGUGUACUCAGUAAGGACGUGCAUGGAAGAAUGCAAGACCGUCUACAAGCCCUGGCUCUGCGCUCAGUAUUUCCAGAGUCCUCAGUCAGGCUGCAGUCAUAAGAUUCCCUGUGAACAGUACUGUCUUGAGGUCCAGCAGAGGUGUCCGUUCAUAUUGCCUGACAAUGAUGACCUUAUACAUGGUGGAACUCCCAGUUUUAUAUGUGCAGGGUUCAAACCAGACAUCAACCAGGAGCCAGAGUGCUGUGAUGUGCGGUGGGACCAGAAGUCCAACAACCGCUCCCGCGGCACUUUAAAAAGAACUCACCCUUCCUGCCAGCACACAUCCGUGACCUCCUCGGGGGCUCCACGGCUCGGGCAGGGCCGGCUGAAACUUUGCUUGCUGGUCCUAGUUCUUCUCCACACUGUGGCUACCAUGACGGCCAAUCAGAACUCGACCUGCCUGACCGCCAUCUUUCCACUGGACGACAACGCCCCCAGAGAAGAGUGAUUGGAUGAUGCUGGGCUGGACAACUCUAGCGUAUCCGCAUGCUCCAACACAUCUCGCUUCGGGCUUGUCAGUAAAGAAGCCCCGCACUCAGAGAGAAGUUGAGUGUAUCGGCUCCCAGUGAGGCUAACAGUCUCAACCAGAGAACACUUAACCACACUUGUCAUCAGCACCUGGUGGGGUUUGGGGAAAACAGCAAACAGGACACAGGACAAAAGAUAAGCAUAAUAUGAAGAGUCAGAACAUGCCCCCACAGAGACUUCUCACUCUCUUCUGGAACACACAUUGUGACACACACACACACACACACACACACAAAAUGUCAUUUCACUUUGCACUAGGAGAUUAUCUAACUUUUCCCUUUUAGUUUCAGCUGUUAUUUUCACUUCAAGAUGGUUUUGACUUCUGUUCAGUGGUUUCAGAGCAACCUGGAAAGUGACUUGAGUGUCCAUGGUCCUGUCAAAUUCUCUCUUUAUAUGUUGCGUGCCAGUAUUUUGUGUAUUUUGAGAGUGAAUGGCACACCACAAAGUCACAGCACCAUUCAGACAGGAUACAGGCUACAGAUUCAUGUCUCUCUUUCAAAUGCAUACAUUUUCAUCCUGAAUAAAAUGUUUUUAAAUUAAAUGUACUCAAAGCCUCAAAAUCAAAGCAGCAAUUGGCAUCCCAUCUAAUUAGUAAAUGUUGUUUUUCCUCUCUGCCUUCUAAGAAACAGAUACAACCACCUCACGUUAUAUUAGAAAAAUGAUGAUUAUUCCCUUACCUGUAUGAACUGUAUGAGUUUUCUGCAGUUUGUCUUAACUACCAUCUUCAUCUCCAUAUCGUGUACAUGACUUACUGCUGAUGUAAACUCUCAGAAAAAAGAAAGGAAAAAAACAUACUGUAAGUAGAUAAUAACAUAAGCUGUCACUGUACCCUUUCAAAAGGUACUAAAUACUAAUAUGUACCUUUAAGAUACUGAUAUGAACCUAUUAUGGGUAAGUAAGGUACAAAGGUGUACCUUUUGAAGGGGUACAGUUCUAGUGACUGCUUUUGGUACCUUUUUUCUUUUCUGAGAGAUUCCAGAGUGUAAAGACUCCAUUGUGUUGGUACUCAUUUAAAUACAAAUAUUGUCUACAACAGGUCAAAAUAAUCAAAUGAACAGGGCGUUGGCACACAACUGUAAAGGAGGAGGAUGAUAAGUAUUUUCAUACAUGACACUACUUUAUUAUGCACUUUAUUCAUUUAAUAAUGUGCUAAACCCUUCAGCCUUUCUGCAUUAAUUGCAUCUUAGAUGUUCUGUGAAAACAUUUUUUCAGUAUGUGGUCCUCAUGUAAUUCUUAGCAUCAACAAUGUUUGUAUCUUUACUCAUUGCAUGGCAAUUUGAAUGCAUUCAUUUAACACGCUUGUAUGUGAAGCUGGUUUAACUAAGGUUAACUACAAUAGUUCAUAUGCGAAUGGAAUUGAAAUAGCUGAACAGAAUGUGCUGUUCCAUCAUAAUCAUACACAAUUACACUGUAAUUUUACCAUCAUUUCCCUGUCAAAAAUAACUAUCUAUUGUGUAAAGGGCUUAGCAAAUAGUAGUGUGUGGAGAAGGAGUUAAGGGCUUACUCUACAUUUCUCCUUCUGUGUGGUUGUUGUCUUCAGUGUUUGAGUGUAAUGGCUAAUAGGGAUUAUGUGCUGUUUCGCCUUUGUCAGGACCUUAUUUUCGAACUAUCCUUGUAUACACCUGUGCAUUCAACACUUUCCUUUGGUCAUUAUUUUCAAUAUUUUUCACUAAAUGAAUUCUUGUAAAGUUAAAUUCAAAUUACUUAAGAGCAGAGAUGCACGGAGUGACUGGUAACAUUGGCCCAGGUGUACAAUUCUUAGAGGAAACUACUUGUAAAUGCCCCUUUUGGAAUACUAUUUAUAGAUUAUUAUCUAUAUGUUUUUCAUAGACUAAUAAAAAUAAUUACACUAGAUAAUUUAAAAUGUUUUCUUUUUUUAGUGUAUAGGCUAAUUUGAGAAAUAUCAAUAUACAAUAAUAGAGUGCACUUCACAAAACAGGAAACUAAAAAUGGCAGAAUCUCUAGUCACACGGAGAUGUCUUGUUAAUUAAAACAUGUAUAGCAACACGAGCACUAUUUUAUGCACAGGCUCCCUGGUUCUCUGUUUUUGAGCCUUUGUCUCUGUACGUCUCUGCUUUAGAGUAAAUUUAACUGUGCAAGUGAUUACAUAUUCUUGGUUUUACUCUAAAACUUCUCUGUCAGUGUUACUAAGUUGUUUCUGAGAACCUGUGUCUGUUUAUGUUUAUUCCACAUAAUUUUGUUCAGUAGUGUUUUCACUGUCUUAAUUUCUUAAUUUUUCACCAUCAAAUGAUGUACAAUGCUAACUUAAAGGAUGUCAAUUUUCCCAGAUUGUAAUGAUCAUUCAGUGGAAACAUUAUGCCUUCACCCAGUGUAAUAUUAAACAUACAAACAGCAGCAUGCCAAAGUCUUGCAUAACAUUUUAUUUUCUUUCCUUUUAUUUUGUUAUUUAUUUAUUUUAUCACACUGUUCAGCUGAGUGAUGAAAACAUGAGAACCAUUGAUUUUAAAGGCUCAUGUAGACUUUCCCAGUAUAAUAUUAACAUAAUAACACAAUAUCUAUUACACUAGGUGAAGGCAACACCAACUCUUAAAUGAUCAAUAUUAUUUACACUGUUAUGCAAAGGCAACACACAGCAACAGAGUUAUGACUGAAACUGGGUCUACUAUGAUAUAAUAUAUGGGUUUAGCGGUCCAAAAAAAAAUCAUAGGAAAAGAGUUUGAAUUUAUAUCAAAUCAGUUACAAUAAAAUACUAACAAAUGGAGCCAUUGUUGCUGUAGUUACUGUGUUUUGACUUUGCAUAGGAUUAUACAAUGAGAUCAUAUAUUUAAUUUAAGAUAUCAGACCGUGAAUGAUCACAGAUUAUCAAGAGACUAUGAAAAUGUAUGAAUGUCCAGCUUGGAAGAGCGGCAUAGAACAUAUUGUAGUCCAUCUGAUGCUGUAGGGCAUCUGUUAAUUACCAACCUGUUUCAUGCUGACUUCAGGAUCAGAGAUUUCCUUUUUUAUUUAUCCCAAAUGUAUUCUCUGUCACUAUACUGUAUUUCCAUUGUAAAGUCAAAGACUGCUCAUAUAUAAUCUAACCCUGAAUCUGGCCUCGCUGUAUAAAAUCCAGUUUACCGUCUAAAAUCCAUCAGUAUUUCCCAGAUAUCUCUCUUGUUCCCGUGGAUUUAAUUCCAUAGUGUCAUAAGUCACAUAUCCGAUCCUCAUCUUUGUCGAAAUCUGGUUAUUCUGAUAUAAAUUGUAAGAUUUAUUUGAAUGUAGCCUGUCCUCUUUGAGGUUUUUCUGUGCUUUUGUUGUUGUUUCUGUUGUUCAGACACAUUGUUUGUCAUGUUUAUCAAUAUUUUAAUCACUGUUGAACACUUGUCAAAAAGUAUGAUUUACACAAUGAAUGCUCUCCUCCUCUGGAAAGGUUGCAACUGGAACCUGCGGUUUACAAGCAUAGAAAUGGACAGACAUACAGUAUAUAGAAAUAACAGUUAUUAUUACAAUGUCAUAUUGUCAUACAAUAGAUGCUUUAGUUCAACAAUUUUCUUUGAUUUUUUUUUUUACACAAAGACUUUGAUUAAUAUUUAUAAAUCAGUCUCACUGGUCAUGACCUUUUUUGAAGGUAAGAUGAAAAUACAGCUACAUUUAUUAAAGUUCUGUUCUA